AUGGCGUCUUCAUUCAUUUCAUCUCGUCAUAAGGUGUCGGAUUUAAUUCAUGACUUCUCAUGUUCUCCUUGUGAAGAAAACGGACUUAACUCUGAGGCUAACUACUUUUGUGUUGAUUGUUCAAAAUAUUACUGCUCUCGAUGCGAGUCCAAACAUGGCGGCCUGUUUAAGCGGCACAGAAUACUUGAUCGGAAGGACGUGAAGAAAUGGGCGGCGGUGCCUGGGACGGUCGUGGACGAUCUGGAAAUAUGCGAGCACCAUCCCGGGAAAAAAGUGGAGCUGUUCUGCGGAGACCACCAAGAGCUGUGUUGCCAUAUAUGCGUCUCCGUUGAACACAGACAAUGUUCGAUGAUACAACAUAUACCAGACAUAGCAAGAGACAUUUAUGACAAAACAGAAUUCAAACGGCUUCCACAACAAAUCACAGACAUCCAGUCAAAAAUCAAGAAGCUGCAAGAGUCCCGCAUGAAAACUCAACAAUGCAUACGGGAUUCCCGUGUCCACAUCCUAUCAGAGAUCAGAGCUUUGCAACGAAAGAUCGAUCAGGUCCUUGACCAAUUGGAGCAAGCCACAAUAAAAAAGAUGGACGAUAUGGUUGGAACGUUUGAGCAGCAGAUAGAGGAAGACAUUAAACAUUCCACACGGAUGAGCAAAGACAUUAAAUCACUUGCAGAUAACAUAGCGAAGAGUAAGAUGAACGAUUCCUUGGUCUACGUAGGAUAUUCAAGAUGUCAGGAAAUGAUUACAGAAACUAAUGCUUUCCUCGAAGACACUACAACCAAACAAGAGGUGGGGUUGGCGUUUGUGCCAAAUACAGGUAUAAACGACCUCAUUGAUUCUAUUGUUUCUUUGAAAUUGUUUGGAGAGAUUACUAAUACGUCCCAUGUUUUCAAUGUUGAAAAUGUGAAACAAUCCAAUGUAAAACUUAACAUUGACAAACAAAUCUCAAACAUAAGUGGAAUAUGUGAACUGUUAAGUGGAGAGGUCGUUCUCGUUGACAAUUACAAUUGCCGUCUAAAGCUCCUGAACCAGUCCUAUCAAAUUGUCGAUCACUGUGACGUUCCAACUUAUCCAGGAGAUGCAUGCCACAUCGCGGGCAAUGAGUUGGCGGUUUCUGUCAACUGUAAUGGUAAGGACAGACAUGAAGUUCUUUUCUUCAACAUGAUGAAUUUAAAGCUACAACAGACAAGAAAGUUAACGUUCAAUCACAUAGUACGACAAAUAGCUUAUCAUUCAGGGCGUAUGUUUAUCGCAUCUUUUACUGCACUUUACUCUUACGACAAAGCAGGCAAUGAUAGGAGAAAGAUGUUUGAGGACGAGUCGGAUACAGAGACCGUUUACAGUUGUGCUGUAAGCUUUGAUGGCAGUAAAAUUUACAUCACACGUUACUCAAAAGAUGAGCUUCUAACCCUGCAUAGAACAGGAUUUAAAUUAGAGACGUUCAGCGAUCCUGAUAUGAAAGGUCAACGCGCCAUACACGUGUCACCUCUGGGCCACGUUUUUGUCUGCUCGUAUAGCUCAAAAACCGUACUUCAAGUGGAAAGGGAAGGAAAGAGGAAGCUGGCUACACUGGCUACGCAGGCUGAUGGAUUGGUGAAACCACAUUCACUGUGUUACAGUAGUCGUUCAUCCAGCGUUUUUGUAGGACAACAUGAAAAUAACAACAUUAUUGUGUUGAAGGUGAAAUAAUGAUUUACAAAA